CUAUAGAAGGGACUCUCCAAACUACAGCAGGGAGCCCCACAGCAAGAGGCGGGGUGAUGGUGGGUUUUGAGAGAAUUCGCAAUGUCAGGGAAUCUUUAAAGUUUAAAGCCUGAAGACACCGCUUCUCCUCUUAAGAGUUUACUCUGCCCGGGACUGCGCUCUCUCCUAAACGCUCUGCUGUUGACUUUAUACAGCGGCACAGGUGGAAACCUGGGAAAAGGCUGGGUGAAAGUGGUCGGCCGGGCGACAAGCAGCGGCAGACUUUUGGGUCUUGAGCUGAAACAAAGAAGAAAGAAUCCCGGGCAUUUGGGUGCACAGGGCGGGGCCUCAUGACCCUUUGAAGGACGUUGUUCAAAUGUUAUUUGGAGUGAAACGGACCAGGAUAGAGACGUCUGAGUUUUUCUGAAGUGCACGGAUGGGAAAGCUGACAAGCAUGCCUGCGGGUCUGAUGUGUGCCUCUAUGAGUGUGCGUGCAGCCAAAGAAGAGAAAUCCAAAAAGCAGCUAGUGAAACCAGAGCAGCUCCCCAUAUAUACUGCACCACCUCUCCAGUCUAAAUAUGUUGAAGAGCAGCCUGGUAAUUUGCAAACGGGCUUUGCUUCCAUCCGCUCUACAACUGGUCGUUAUAUUGGCUGGUGCAAGGGUGUUUAUGUCUUUGUGAAAAAUGGGAUAAUGGAUACAGUACAAUUUGGAAAAGAUACAUAUGUUUAUCUGAAGAAUCCACCACAAGAUUUUCUUCCGAAAAUUGGAGUGAUUACAGUUUCAGGAUUGGCAGGCUUGGUUUCAGCAAGAAAAGGUUCUAGAUUUAAGAAAAUUGUUUAUCCACUGGGACUGGCCACUUUAGGAGCAACUGUUUGUUACCCAGUUCAGUCAGUAAUAAUUGCAAAGGUAACUGGGAAAAAGGCAUAUGCUACAAGCCAGCAAAUUUAUGAAGCAGUUAAAUCAUUGUGGACAAAAAACAACAAAAAAGAGUCACUUCCUGAACCUAAAGAAAAAACUAAGCUAGGAAGUUCUGCUGAAAUAGAAAUACCUGCAAAAACAACUCAAGACCUGAAAUACCCAGUGGCUUUGCCAACAGAACUCAGCUCUGCAACAAAGAUCAAAUCAGAAUCCACCUCAGGUGCUACACAGUUUAUGCCUGACCCCAAGCUCAUGGAUCACGGGCAGUCCCAUCCAGAAGAUGUAGAUAUGUACAGCACUAGAAGCUGAAAUAGUCUGCAUAGAGUACUACAAGAUGUGUGAAGUUGCAAAUGAUGAUGAAAAAAAUCGUGUAAUGGGUAACU